AACAAACAUCUCCCGCACACGUUUUGGCUGCGCUUUUCGUCUUGCAGUACACUUUGCGUGUAGUUCCAAAUUUUUAUCCGAUAAAAAAAUAAUUUUAGCCGGUUCGGAUCAAUUUUCGCUACCCAAAUGAAAAUCACGAACCGCUACACAUCAGUGGCCUGCAAUCGCACCACGGAGUCGCUGGAUUGGGGCCCAGAUGGGUUGAUUUACUAUGCCGCCUGCCACUCGAUUGCCGUGUUCGAUCCGAAGUUCCAUGGUUCGGCCAAAAUCGUUCGCACACUGACCGGUCACAAGGCUCGAAUCAACACGGUGAAGAAGCUUCACGAUGUGCCAAUUGUGUCGGGUGCGAUUGAUCUGAUAUCCGGAUCGGAUGAUUCCAGCUGUAUUCUGUGGAACACUCAGGAUUCGGUCAAUCCUCGGCGAUGUAUCCUGGAAGGACACACGAAGGGUGUCACUCAGGUGGAAGCAUUCUACUUAAAAGACGACAACUUGUUGGUAGCUACUGGAUCGGCGGAUAGUACCGUUAAGUUGUGGAAGCGGAAUGGAGAGGAAUUUGCUUGCUUCCAGACGAUAAAUCUGAAGACGGGCUAUUGCUUCGCGUUGAAGUUCUUCCAACUGCCCGGAAGUGGAAGCGUGAUGUUGGCUUGCGCAAUGGACAAUGAUCUGAUUGAUCUGUAUGCUAGGGUUGGGGAGGAAUACAUUCUGGUGGAACGUUUGAAGGGUCACACUGAUUGGGUCCGUGGUUUGGACUGUGUACGGGAAGGUGAGGACGUAUUGCUGGCCAGUGCGUCCCAGGAUAGCUUUAUUCGGCUGUGGAGGAUUUCGCAGCGAGAGCGAAUGAGGGCGCAACGAUCGUUUGAGGAAUUCUCUAUCGAUGAGGACAUUGUUCUGGAAGAGAGGGUUUUCAGCGUUUCGGUCGAUGGGAAGGAGUUCCAUUACGCCCUGGCGUUGGAAUCGGUGCUACAAGGCCACGAAGGUUGGGUUUACGGAGUGCACUUCAAUAGGCAAGGAGAUAAACUGCACCUACUGUCCAGCUCGAUCGAUAAAACUCUAACGAUUUGGACGCCAUCCGAGUCCGGAAUUUGGUUCGAAAGUGUUCGCGUGGGUGAAGUCGGCGGAGCAUCCCUUGGAUUCUACGGAGGAAAGUUCGCACCUGACGGCAAAUCCUUCAUCGGUCAUGGUUUCCAGGGUAGCCUCCAUCUGUGGCAUCAAGAUCCGAAUAGCUGUGCUGUUUGGAAGCCGGGAACGACCAUUGGAGGGCACUUCGAAGCCGUUCGGGACUUGGCGUGGGAUCCCGCAGGACGAUUUGUAGUAACGGUUUCAGCCGACCAGACCACCAGAAUACACGCUGCAUGGCCUCGGUCUGCCAUAAGAGAGGGCGACAAUGACGAAUCUAUCACGUGGCAUGAAAUCGCCAGACCGCAAGUCCACGGCUACGAUAUGCAGUGCUUGUGUAUGUUGUCGAGAUAUCGGUUUGCCAGCGGAGCGGAAGAAAAGAUUGUACGGAUAUUCCAAGCGCCGGCCAAUUUCGUUGAAAAUCUUCGGCAGCUGUGUGAAGUCGAUGAGGAUCCCGAAGGGGAGGAAAUUCUGAAGACCACACCUAAAGGAGCAUCUGUGCCAUCGCUUGGGUUAUCCAAUAAAGCCGUUUACAGCGUAGAAGCGGAAGCAGCUACCAAGCACGUAAAGGAUAUGUAUCCCGAGCACUACUUCAUUCCAACCAAACUGGAAUCGCCUCCAGCCGAGGAAACCCUCAUGCAAAACACCCUCUGGCCUGAGAUGCAGAAACUGUACGGGCAUGGCUACGAAAUCUACGCUCUUGCUUCCACCAGGGACGGUCGCUUCAUUGCCUCGGCCAGUAGGGCAACAUCCCUGGAGCACGCUCGAAUCCUCAUCUGGAACACGACGAACUGGAAGAUUCUUCAGAAGCUCGAAGCGCACCAACUGACGGUAACGCAGCUGGCAUUCUCCCCGGACAACAGAUCUCUGCUGGCCGUUUCCCGGGACCGAACGCUGUCUGUGUUUGAGAACAAGAAGCCAUCAGAGGAAGAUGGGUGCGAUUUCCAGCUGGUGACCCAUACGGAUAAGCACACCAGUGUCCAUGCUCGGAUUAUUUGGUGCUGUGAUUGGUCGCACGAUUCGGUGCACUUUGUGUCCGGAUCACGUGACGGGAAGGUUGUUCUGUGGAAACGAAACGAUACGCAGUAUGGAGCAUGCGGCGUGCUGGAGUUGAAGGGAGAAUCCGUAACGGCCGUGGCGUUUGCGAGAAGGAAAAUCGAAGAUGUUCGGUAUCUGGUGGCCGUUGGUUUGGAAAGAGGUGCGAUACAGUUGUAUGGAGUUGCGCAGGGAGACUGGAAGCUACUGGCAACGAUUGAUGAAACAUGUGGACAUCAUCUCACUGUGAAACGGUUGGCGUUCAAACCGUCAAGUGAGGUAAUACAGCUAGCAAGUUGUGGGGAAGAUAAUUUUGUAAGGGUUUAUGAUUUUUCCUUCUAGCAAUAGUUAUGACUAUGUAAGUUACUAA